GUAGGAUCAAGGGAUCGUCUUUUACGCUAUCCAAGCCUGCGCUGGCCCGACUCCCAACGAUGGACUUGCCAUGUUCGAAAACUCAGGGCACUGGGUCUCCUCGGUCUCUUCACGCCCGACCACGGGCGAGCCCGUCUCCUCGCUGGCCGACAUCAACCAGAACUUGCAGAAGCGGCUCCAGGGGUUGAAGGGCCGCCCGCUUCGGCACACGACGCCGAAGGGUCGUCCCACUGGGAGGUGCACAUCGACUCCUGUGCUGGUGCAGAAACCAAGCCGUCCAGAGCGUUGCCAGACAGCUGCUUGUGCAGUCGAAGCAAGGGCCGAAACCUCAACGCUCCCGAGUCUGGACGGCUUGGGGACAUGGAGCGAGUCGAACCCCUUCGUGGCACCGCCAUGCCCUCAUGAGCGACUGAUUCAGGCGCAGAGCGUGCUUCUGGACAGCGAGCGUCGGGAGCUCCGGCGGAGCCGCUCCUACAAGCCACGCAUGACGCUGACCUCGGAGGGCAGCCGUAGCAGUUGGCUGAACGAUCUGGAGGAGGAGGAGACGAAAGAGGAGCUGUUGCCAGAAGAACCUUUCGUCGAUGACUAUCUGGAGCAGAUCCUUCCCACGAACUACGACCUCUGUCCUCAUGCGCCGGUGCACUCCAAGCUCCUGCCGUUGCAGGGCUCCCGAGCCUCCUCGGCCCAUGGGUCGGUGGCCUCCUCUCGAUAUCAUCAAGGGAGUGAGCUCAAGGCGCACUUGAAAGGAAAGCGCCAGAGGCUUCUGGAGAGGUUCGCCACGACCAAGCGCGCCUUCGACGAUUUUCUUCAGACCAUCAGAGAGCUCAAGAAGUUGCGCUGUUGGCGAGGCAACUUGUGGGAUGUGGAGCUGCCCCAGUCGUUGUUCUUCGACUUCCUCUCUCAGCAUUUUGCAGAUAUGCCCCCCGAGGAGCAUGAGACGAUCUUCAGCUUCUUUGACACUGAUGGGAGCGGCUCCGUCUCCUUAACCGAGUUCUACGCCGUGGUCGAGGCCAUGGCUCCGGUCCGCUGCCUCGCCGAUCUCCGGUGCAGAUGGAUUGCGCUGGGCUUCUCUCCCUGUCGGGCCAUGGAGACCAUGGCGCCACGCACAAGUUGGGCCUCCAAGCGAUAUACUUGCCAGCAGUUUGGACAACUCAUGACCAAAGUUGGCGUUUGGGACUGGGAAGAGCAUGUCUUCCUCUUCACGGCCAUCGCCACCACGAACCUCCAUUCGACGAUCUCCUUGGCCGAGAUGCAUGCGGCUUUGGCCUCUGUCUCUCCGGUGCUUCUCAUCGAAGAUUGGCAGCACCGCUUAGAGCAGGCAUUUCAAACCAUGGACAAAGCCUAUGAUGCUCUUGAAGGUGACUUCAAGGCGCCGUUGGACCUGAACAAAUUUGUGGUGAAGGCCGGCGAGAUGUGGAACAUGCGCUCCAACGAGGCAAAAAGGUUCUUUCACCUUUGCGACUUCGAUGGGAAAGAAAAGAUGACAAGGACCAAGUUCUGCUACAUCGUGGAGCUGGUUCGUCCGUCGUUGCGAUUGGAACACAUUAGGAAGAAGCUGCGCUGCCACUACAGCAAGAUGCUGGGGCGGAUCCGCUCGGUGAACCGGCAGGUGAGUCUGGAGCAUUUGACUCAACGAAUUCUCAAUGGAUUUCUUCAGCACAAGGAGCAGCCCACACGCCGUCGCAGCCGCGUGCCGGACGAUUAUCAAAGGAUGUUUGACGAGCUGCAACUCACCGACCAGGACAUGACCAUGCUCUUCAAUCUGCUGGAUCCACGCCAUCCGGAGAAACCGGAACUCAGCUGCUUUUGGCACAUGCUGAAGAAUUUCUCCCCGUCAGUGGUCCUCGAGGAUUUGUGCCUGUUGAGCGUCCGCAUUUGCGCUGCGAUUUCGAAGGAGGUGAAGGAGGCGCAGAAACUCCCUCCCUGGCAAGCAAGGCAGCUGGGUCUGGCCACGAGGUUCACGCCACAGUUGCAAACAUGGUCCGAGGUCGUGGACGGCAGCAAGGCCUUCGACGUCUUCGCUGGACUUCUGCCGGGUCAGGCCUGCAGGGCGGCGGGUGCUCGCCGCGAGGCCACUGUGAUUGCACCUCUGGCAGCCUUGUCCUGCUGUCCUUCAGGCAGCCUCUUGGAGGAGGAGCGCUUCAUUCGGCUCAGCAAGACCCAACUGAAGCAGGUCUUGCAUGAGCUCUUUUUCGAACGCACCGACGUGCAGGUCAAAGCUUCAGUGGUCAUGGAAUUGCUGGAAGACUGCCAGGUUGCACGCCAUGCGCCGCGGGGACUCUCCAUCGCGGAGUUGUUGGCAGCCUUGGGUUCCAUUACAGCAGAGGGGCCUCCAGUGGACACCACGCCUGAAGGCAGAGAGGCGCGCGCGCAGCUGGAAGCGAGGUCACAGUUCGAGCCGUUCACCGCCUUCGCCAUGGACCUGCGCAAAGCGGUGCGGCAGAAAGUGAAGAAGACGGUGAUCCCAAAGGCUUUGGUCACUGGCAGCAUCUUGGAGCCCCUGAGCUACGUGAACUCCAGCAGCAUCGUCGAGGUGCCCGAACGGGAGAACCUGGUUGAGGAAGCUGCGUCGUUGCGGCAGGGCGGACCACAGCAGAUGCGCGAGACGCUGGCGGCUCGGAAUGAGAAGCUGGAAAGGGUGAAGCUUGUGAAGGACCAAAGUUUGCGUGAGAUGCUUGAGAAAGAAGUCUUCAUGGAGACUCAGGAGUCGCCCGCCCAGACGUCUGGAAACCGCUUGGCGUUGGUGAAGCGGCAAGCUGGGGAGGAAGAAUUUGAGAUCGGAGCCUCAGAGUGGUCUGGAGAAUGCUGGGCCACCUGUAUGUCAUUUGGUAGAAAGAAUGCAGACAAUUUCAUGGCUCAUGCUCCAAAAGACACAUAUUUACUCCAAAGACACGACACGAAGUGUCCCCAAAGCCUUUGUUGUUGCUGUUCCCAACCGUACUCCUUGGGAUCCAUGACAUUCCGACCGCAGCGACAACGGCAAGCAUGGCGAGCACAGCGAGCGCAGGGAUGGGCAGGGAUGGGCUGGGCCGAAAGAGGGUGUGGUCCAAACCGUGGCUCUAAUGCAGCUACGCAUCCCGUCCUUCCUUUUGAUGUGUUGGAAGCCCGGGUGCCAAACUGGGUGGACAGCACAGCAAGGGAAGCCUUUUGGGUCAAGCGAAGCCUGUCCGGCGAAACCAGGUCGUUCUAUCACCACAUGGAGGAGACCGGUCGGUAUGGUCCGUUGUGGUCAGCAUGGUCCGUUGCCGUCGCUUCGCAGUCGCGUGGGGAAUGGCCAAUGUGUCCAAAAUGCGAUGGGAGGCUCGGGUCUAAUGCUGACAUAACAUCAUCAGAGAAAGUGUUGAUGCAGCAGAGAACGAUGCCUGUGGGUCAAAAUCAGGAACACACACCUGGACCUGGGUUAUCCUGUGAGGAUUCCAGGCUGUGCAGGAGUUCGGCCCGUCUCGGAUGACCAAGAUGAUUUGAUGUCCUUUUCGGACACCCUCGAUGGAUAAGUUAGUAAGGUUUAUAGCAACAUACUCCACUAGCAUGCCACUAUAAACAGGUUUGUUUAUAAAAUGGAAAACCGCAGGCGAAGCGGAUGUUCACGGGGUAUAUAGCAACCAUUCGUUCGAUAGCGGGAGACGUGGACGUGGGGCUUCCAAAGUUGGAUGUGAGCGGCACUGCUGAACACCCUGCAGUGUUGAUGAAAAGCUCAACGUGCAACAAGUUGCAGAAGUUCCCAUCGUGCAAGAACCGCCACACCAUGCCAAGACAAUUGGCUGACUGGCAGCAAGGUGAUAUCAUUCCAUACCAUUC